AUGGCAAAGAUCCUGUGCUUACAUGGUUUUGGACAGUCCGGAGGCAUCUUCCAGGCCUGGACAAAACAACUCUGUGCAGAUAUUGAGAGCAACUUGCCUGGAUCUUCUUUCUACUUCCCAACAGCACACAUCACGCUGUCACCAAACAACUCUAAAGAUCUUUCUACAAUACCCGUCAAGAUGCGCGGCGGUCCACUCUAUGCUUGGAACCACAACUAUCUCGACUGGCAGCGCCAAUUUUCUGGUCUCGAAGCUGCUUUGCAAUACCUCAAAGGCAUCCUAGAGACAGAGGGACCUUUCGAUGGUAUCAUCGGGUUCAGUCAGGGAGCUGCAUACGGUGUUGCACUCGCAUCACUGCUUGAGAAUCCCGCUCUUGCAGCAGAAUGCAACCUACCGCUCAUUGCACAUCCGGCCUUCAAAUUUGCCGUACUCUUUAGCGGCUGCAAAGUCCCGACGUUUCGCUUUGCUCCUCUCUACCGCGACAUCACUACGCCUUGCCUGCUGUACUACUGCAUUGGCGACAAGAUCAUCCCGAACAGAUGGAGCAUGGCACUCGCAUCAGACUGUAGACAGCCGGUCGUGCAAACGCAUCGCGAAGGUCAUCGUGUGCCGCUAGAGGGUCGUCUUACCAAGUUGGCAGCUAUUUUUGUGGUCAAUGCACUGGGCUCUGUUUCAGCGAGAGAUAUUGCACCGGCUCCAAUGCCUUGCGUCAGUGACUGGCUGUCCUUGAUGGAGGAAGUACCCCUGGCGUUUGCCAGACUUUAG